AUGAUUUUAAUAUCUGCUAAACAAAAUGAUUCUCCUUUAAACUAAAACACCUUCUAAUAUAACUAAACUUUUUAAUAACAAAAGAACAAUGCAAUAAUCAAAAUCCAUAAUGAUCAUUACCUAAUGAUUAAAAAUUAGAAGCCUAAAUUUUAUUUACUAAAGUUAGAAUUUGUUUGUUCAAAGAAAGUCGAAAAUACUUUACAAAUGCAAAUAUAUUAGAAAGAAAUUUGGAUCAGAACAACUAGAAUGAAAUUUAUAGAGAAUUUAUAAUUCUAAUAUAGAAUAUUGUUAAAUUACAUAUUUCUUGAGUAGAUAAUAAUAAUGUACUAAUAAAUUAUAAUUAGAUAUAGUUAUUAUUUUAUUUAGCUCCAUCUUAAUCUUUAGCUCAUUCAUAAAAAAUAAGUAGAUACAGAACAGCAAAAUUCAAUUAUAUUUAAGUAAUUGAAGAUGGCUAUUCAAUAUAUUCAUUAAAAAAUAGAUAGAUAUCUUUUAGGGAUAACAUAUUGUAAAAAAUUCUAUCCCAAAUAGUUUUAAUUGAUUUUUCAUUUGCAAUUCAGACCUACAAAUUAUUAUAAAAUUUAAUGA